AUGCUCCAAGGGACCUCUCGAGUCAUGGCCCCGAGCGCUUACGGAGACGCUGCGAGAGACGUCACUACCAUCCCACUACUACGAGACCAAGGGCUGGUGAACAAGGAUCCAAAAUCCUCGUUUCGCGCUCGCAUUCGUCUAUACUGGCUUGCGACGGUUCUGUGUUGCGGCGCAUUGCUUUUUGGAUAUGAUUCCGGGCUGAUUGGAGGCGUGUUGACAUUCCAGUCCUUCCACUCCGACUUUCGGUUUGGCAAAUAUGGGCCUCCAAGCGAGACCACUGUCAGCGCCAUAGCAGUCGGCACUCAGCAGAUUGGCGCUUUGAUAGGGUGUUUCGCCAUUUGGCCCAUCAACAACUUGUACGGCCGACGGGUGGCAAUUGGCGUUUGUUCGCUAGCAUUCUGCUUCGGAGUCGUAUUGGAGGUAAUGAAUUGGCACACGCUAGCGCUUUUCUAUACUGGCAGAAUGAUAGCCGGGUUAGGCGUUGGGGGUUCGUCAAGCGUCAUUCCGGUAUAUCUGUCCGAGAUGGCGCCGAAGGAGAUCCGUGGACAGCUGGGGAGCUGCUUCCAAUUCAUGUUCACAAUUGGUAUUUUUAUCUCCUACUGGAUCGAUUACGCAGUUGGGUUCAUGGCCCCGGGCGCAGCACAAUGGCAAAUCCCUAUUGGACUGCAGCUCGUGCCCGGCGUCCUAAUGGGCCUUGGAGUCCUGACUUUACACGAAAGCGUACGCUGGCUAGUAGCAAAUGGGGAAGUGCAAAGGGCCUCUCAAAGCCUUGAAUGGAUCCGAGCAGUUAGCGAUGAUGAUAGCGACAGCAACAGCAACUCCAGAACCGCCGUAGCGGCCGAAAUGGCCGAAAUCCAACAAGGCAUCGAAGAAGAGCAACGCGCCAAAGCCGGGUUCUCGAUUUUGGAGCUUCUCGAAUGGCCUAAUGCGCAUCGUGUUCUUCUUGCUGUCGGUAUCUUUGUUGCUCAGCAGUCUACUGGAGCGACUGCGUUGGCGUAUUUUGGCCCGCAGUUUUUCGCGUUGAUUGUCGGUCCCGGUGACAAGACCCUGCUUUUAGCGGGUAUAUUCGGAUUUGUCAAGGUUGCUUCAUGCGGCGUGUUUAUCAUAUUUCUAUCGGAUCGAUUUGGUCGUAAAAAGGUUCUUUUCAUCGGUGCAGCGCUCAUGGCACUUGGUAUGCUGCUUACCGCCGCACUGGUGCGGUCAAUCAAUAUUAGUAAUGGUAGUGACGAUGAUCGUCCUACUGCUAGUACUUCUACACCGGGUAUCACGCCAACAACAAUCCUCACCGUUGCCCUCAUCUACCUCACCAUCAUCGUGUUCAACCUAAGCUGGGGCCCGUUACCAUGGCCCUACGCAUCCGAGAUAUUCCCGACACGCAUCCGCGAAUCUGGCGUGGCAUGCGGUGUCGGGUCGCAGUGGCUGUUCAAUCUGAUCUGGAGCUCGGCAACGCCUUAUUUGCUUUCUAAUCUUGGUGGUUGGGGCACCUUUUCUCUGUUUGGGGUUAUGUGUUUGGGCGUUUGCGUCUUUGUAGCUGUGGCUCUGAAGGAGACGGUUAACAAGACCCUGGAGGAGAUCAAUUCCAUGUUCUAG